AUUGGUAUUAGUGUGAGCGAAGAGGGUGUAUCGUGCAUACUUUGUAAACAUCAAGUACGGUAGUAGCUGCAACACUAGCCACUAUGAAAGACAUUCAGAAAGAGGAAUACGACUUAAGGGAACUGAAGAGGAAGGAUGUAAGUUCCAGGAACGACAUUUAUACCGAGGACAUGACUUCAGAAGACGUCAGGAACGAGACGGAGGUGCGAGACAGCAGAGAAGAGGAAGCCUUCGCCGAGGUCAACAGGUUUGAGGACCUGAUGGAACUCGUGGGCACCGGCGGUCGCUGGAACAUCACGAUCAUCAUCCUCAGCACUUUAUGCAGCUUCGUGUCACCCUUCCAACUCAUCUCCUACCAGUUCCUGGGUGCGACCCCUGAUCACUGGUGUCACAUAGCGCCGCUGGUAGAAGCUAACUGGACACACCAGCAGAUACUCGACUUUGCUAUUCCCUACAGCAGUAAAGACAAUACUACGGAGCAGCGUGCGUCGUGUCUCAUGUACGACCACAACUACACCCUGGCUGCACACCUCGGCUACCACCAAACAAUGAACAACCUGCAUCUCUUCUCAAACGGCCAGGCUGAUACAGUGGCUUGUAAGUCCAGGGAUUUCAACCAUUCCCAGUAUGAGUCUACUGUUGUUACUCAGUGGGACCUGGUGUGUGAGCGCCGAGCACUCUACUCCACCACUCAGGCAGUCACACAGAUUGGGAAGCUCGUCGGAUCAUUCAUUUUCGGCUUCGUCAUUGAAACGUUGGGUCGCAGGACGUCAGUACUGCUGAGCGGGGGACUGACCAUGGUCACCGGCUUCCUGAUCUCCCUCUCCCCCAGCAUCACCUUCUACAUCGUCAUGAGAGGCGUCAUCACUGCUGUGGCUAGCGGCUACUACAUGGGCUGCCUAAUUCUCAGUUUGGAAAUCUCCUCUCCAAAACAGCGAACAUAUGUUGGAGCAUUUAUGUCGGCCCCCUGGGCACUUGGGUACAUGAUACUUCCAGGCAUAGCCUACUUGAUCCGGCCCUGGCAGUGGCUACAGACUGCCUUCACCUUUCCUACAUUUUUAUUUAUUAUCUACAUUUGUAUGCUGCCCGAGUCACCCCGCUGGCUGAUGACUCAAGGACGUCACACCGAAGCCUUGAGAAUCCUCACGUGGGCUGCUGCUGUUAACGGCAACAAGCUGCCUCCAGACACCGUCGUGUUGGCCGCAAUGAAGAAAAUCACCGAAGUGAGUAUCUGGUCUUCACCUGGGGUGCCCAUCCUUUCCUUUCCACAUGAGUUCCCAACCAUCACUGCUUUCCCGGGUGAGUACCUGCUCUCUGAUGCACACUGUAAUAAUUACUCUACCAACCUCAGUGCGGACCCAUAUGUGUAUAUAUUCCUGGGUGGAGUGAUGGAGCUGCCAGCGUUUGUUAUCAUGUGGGUACUGCUGACGUGUAUAGGACGGAGGAAGUCUAUGAUGUUGCUGCUCUCGCUGUCUGCUCUCUCCAUGCUACUCAUUAUGGCACUGCAACUGUGGGUUCCCCAAGCACCAGUGUGGCUGCGAAUACUCUUCUCUCAGUGUGGAAAGGUGACCAUAACGGCUGCGUUUAACUUGAUAUGGUUCUACACAAUUGAGCUGUUUCCCACCAAGUAUCGCUCACUGGCAGUUGGGGAAUCCAAUGUGUUUGGAAGACUCGGCAGUUUUGUAGCUCCUUAUAUCAAUGACAUUUUGGGUGAUGUUGCAGUCUGGGCACCGUCAGCGUUGUUUAGUUCAGCGUCCCUCAUCUCUGCUGGUCUGUGCGCCCUGCUCCCAGAAACAUCAAACGAGCAAAUGCCUGAAAAUUUAGAUUUUUUUACUAAGAAAUCUAUGGAAGGUCCAGAGAACAAGGGGCGUGCCAGGUUCUUUAAAUCCUCUGGGUCUAAGAAAGAGGAAAUUAACCCAGCGUUUGAUACGAGUGAAUGAUUACGUUGGUGAAUGCUGCCAGUAUUACAUUAUUAGCGAUAUUAUCGUGUUAAUGGGAAGCACCUAACAUCCAGGAGUCUUACUGCACCUGGGAAAUAUAAGGUUAUUAUUGUAUCUAGGGAAAUCCUGAACUGGCAGCUUACAUGCAGAACCUGAGGAAUGGGAGACAUUCUCAUACUUCUCGUGUAAGGAUAAGUUAGUUUCGUAUCAUUUAAGCACGCCAUCGAAAGAACCAGGAGAGCAGAUUGAGUAAGUUGAUUAAUGCAAGGCUUUACCAGCACCUGGGUGUACAGUGAUCACCAUCAUGGAUACCAGCAACACCUAGGUGUAGAAUAUUCACCGCCCUGGGUGUACAGUAUUCACUAUCCUGAGUACCAACAACACCUGGGUGUACAUCGAUCACCACCCUGAGUACCAACAACAACUGGGUGUACAUCGAUCACCAUCCUGAGUACCAACAAAACCUGGGUGUACAUUGAUCACAACCCUGAGUACCAACAACGCCUGGAUAUACAAUGAUCACCACCCUGAGUGCCAGCAACACCUGGAUGUACAUUGAUCACCAUCCUGAGUACCAACAACACCUAGGUGUACAAUGAUCUCCAUCCUAAGUACCAACAACACCUGGGUGUACAUUGAUCACCAUACUGAGUAAGAGCAACACCAGGAUGUACGUUGAUCAGCAUCCUGAGUACCAACAACACCUGGGUGUACAAUGAUCACCAUCCUGAGUACUAACAACACCUGGGUGUACAUUAAUCACAAUCCUGAGUACCAGCAACACCUGGGUAUACAAUGAUCACCACCCUGAGUACCAGCAACACCUCGGUGUACAAGGAUCACCACCCUGAGUACCAACGACACCUGGGUGUACAUUGAUCACCAUCCUGAGUACCAACAACACCUGGGUGCACAUUGAUCACCAUCCUGAGUACCAACGACACCUGGAUGCACAUUAAUCACCAUCCUGAGUAUCAACAACACUUGGGUGCACAUUUAUCACCAUCCUGAGUACCAACAACACCUGGGUGCGCAUUGAUCACCAUCCUGAGCACCAACAACUCUUGGAUGCACAUUGAUCACCAUUCUGAGUAGCAACAACACCUGGGUGUACAUUGAUCACCAUCCUGAGUACCAACAACACCUGGAUGCACAUUGAUCACCAUCCUGAGUACCAACGACACCUGGGUGUACAUUGAUCACCAUCCUGAGUACCAACAACACCUGUGUGUACAUUGAUCACCAUCCUGAGUACCAACGACACCUGGAUGUACAUUGAUCCCCAUCCUGAGUACCAACAGCACCUGGGUGUACAUUGAUCACCAUCCUGAGUACCAACAACACCUGGGUGUACAUUGAUCACCAUCCUGAGUACCAACAACACUUGGAUGUACAUUGAUCCCCAUCCUGAGUACCAACAGCACCUGGGUGUACAUUGAUCACCAUCCUGAGUACCAACAACACCUGGGUGCAAAUUGAUCACCAUCCUGAGUACCAACAACACCUGGGUGCACAUUGAUCACCAUCCUGAGUACCAACAACACCUGGGUGCACAUUGAUCACCAUCCUGAGUACCAACAACACCUGGGUGCACAUUGAUCACCAUCCUGAGUACCGACAACACCUGGGUGCACAUUGAUCACCAUCCUGAGUACCAACAACACCUGGGUGUACAUUUAUCACCAUCCUGAGUACCAACAACACCUGGGUGCACAUUGAUCACCAUCCUGAGUACCAACAACACCUGGGUGUACAUUGUUCACCAUCCUGAGUACCAACAACACCUGGGUGCACAUUGAUCACCAUCCUGAGUACCAACAACACCUGGGUGCACAUUGAUCACCAUCCUGAGUACCAACAACUCCUGGGUGUACAUUGAUCACCAUCCUGAGUACCAACAACACCUGGGUGUACAUUGGUCACCAUCCUGAGUACCAACAACACCUGGGUGCACAUUGAUCACCAUCCUGAGUACCAACAACACCUGUGUGUACAUUGGUCACCAUCCUGAGUACCAACAACACCUGGGUGCACAUUGAUCACCAUCCUGAGUACCAACAACACCUGGGUGUACAUUGGUCACCAUCCUGAGUACCAACAACACCUGGGUGUACAUUGAUCACCAUCCUGAGUACCAACAACACCUGAGUGUACAUUGGUCACCAUCCUGAGUACCAACAACACCUGGGUGCACAUUGAUCACCAUCCUGAGUACCAACAACACCUGGGUGUACAUUGAUCACCAUCCUGAGUACCAACAACACCUGGGUGCACAUUGAUCACCAUCCUGAGUACCAACAACACCUGGGUGUACAUUGGUCACCAUCCUGAGUACCAACAACACCUGGGUGCACAUUGAUCACCAUCCUGAGUACCAACAACACCUGGGUGUACAUUGAUCACCAUCCUGAGUACCAACAACACCUGGGUGCACAUUGAUCACCAUCCUGAGCACCAACUUAAUAAUUUUCAAGGACAAAACAUAUAAAUUAUUCAACAUCUCAAUUAUUACAAAACAAUAAUUAUAAAAAGCUUCUUGAAGAAGAUUAUUCUCAAUGAAGAUUACUUGAAAUUAUGUUUUCUUAAACUUGAUGAGAAAUUUACGAUUGCAAUAAAAACUGUUAACACUGUAAAUAAAUGGCUAAAAGCCCCUGCAAUGAGACAUUUGCAAUGAGGCAUUUGCAAUGAGACAUUUGCAAUGAGACAUUUGCAAUGAGACAUUUGCAAUGAGACAUUUGCAAUGAGACAUUUGCAAUGAGACAUUUGCAAUGAGACAUUUGCAACACAAUGAAGAUAUCCAAGUGUUGCACAUGUGUCCCAUUCAUCAACUGUUGUCAUUGAUGAAUAUAGUUAUCUUUUAGUGUGAUAUUCAAUUUACAUCUUAAUAUAUGUACAGUGGUUUAUAAUAUAUAUUUAAUUGUUCAUAAUAUAUGUCUGUGAAGAUGAGCUGAACAUACUGGCGAUUUAUUUUCUGUAGUAAUGCCUUCAGCUGGAAGACUAGCAAAAGUUAACUCAUUAUUUCGAUGAUAAGUAUGUUAUCUUUCAUGUCAAUCUUGGCACUAUUACAGUGGUGAAGAAAUAUAAUAUGACAUCAUGUUCUUAUGUAAACUCGCAUCCUAACCAUCAUUAUUGAAAAUAAGUUGAAUCAUUAAUGAACACAUUAAACUCGAUUUCGUACCAAAAUAUUUAGAACUGAAAAACGAUUCUUGGUAAUUCAUGCAGUUAUAAAUAAAACUAUGAAAUCCAAA